AAAAGCUAAAGUAAAUUACGCAGUUUCCGUCCUCGCUUCGCUGCGGGCAAGAAACGAACAAAUACCAAGAAUUGAGUUGACAUUGGAUACUGUGGUUCAGGCAUUUUGCUGCCCUGUUAACGGAUUGUUUUUGAGUGGGCAAAAAUCAGAAAGCCACCACCAUAACAUCAACUACGACGUAUGCAGUCCUGAGAGCGAACACUGAAGAUGUUCAACAAAUCUUUUGGCGCUCCCUUUGGGGGUGGCACUGGGGGAUUUGGCACUUCAUCCACAUUUGGGCAACAGAAUACUAGUUUUGGAACCACAGGUGGCUUUGGAGCCUCUGCAUUUGGAGCAACUAAUAACACUGGUGGACUCUUCGGUGCCACACAGAACAAGCCAGGCGGCCUCUUUGGGUCGAACACCUUCAACCAGCCUGUGACGUCCUCGACUAGCACUGGAUUCGGGUUUGGCGCUCCCAGCGGCACCUCCAACAGCCUGUUCGGCAGCACCAACACUGGAGGGGGCGGAUUGUUCUCACAGCAGAACAAUGCCUUUGGUGCCAACAAGCCCGCCUCUUUUGGCACAUUUGGCACCAGUACUAGCAGUGGAGGGUUGUUUGGGACAACGAACACCAAUUCCAACCCCUUUGGAGGAACGUCGGGGUCACUGUUCGGCUCCUCUGGAUUUACAGCCACGCAGCCGGGAACAACUAUAAAGUUCAAUCCCCCCACAGGAAGUGACACAAUGGUGAAAGGAGGCGUGACCACCAGUAUCAACACCAAACACCAGUGCAUCACAGCCAUGAAAGAGUAUGAGAACAAGUCUUUGGAGGAGCUGAGGCUGGAGGAUUACCAAGCAGGCAGAAAAGGCCCCUCCAAUCCUAUGGCUGCAGGCACAGGUGUGCUGUUCGGCGGCGCUGCUGCAGCCACACCAAGCACAGCCACCGGGCUGUUUGGCUCCUCGGCCACAAACACGGGCUUCUCCUUUGGCCAGAACAAAACCACCUUUGGAACCAGCACUGGUGCGUUUGGGGCGGCGACGGGCAGCCUGUUCGGCCAGCAGCCUCAGCAGCCUCAGCAGGCCACCAGCCUGUUCAGCAAGCCAUUUGGCCAGGCCACCACCACCCAGAACACCGGCUUUUCCUUUGGCAACACGAACACUAUGGGCCAGCCUAACACCAGCAGCAUGGGUCUGUUUGGGAACACAGCGGCAUCCCAGGCGGGCGGUCUGUUUGGCAACACGGCCAACACCAGUACGGUCACCGCCUUUGGGACGGGCACGGGGCUGUUCGGGCAGACCAACACCGGCUUUGGCACCGCUGGCACACAGAAUCUGUUUGGCAACAAGACGGCUGGAUUUGGUACCACCACCACCAGCGCUCCUUCCUUUGGGACUGGUACUGGUCUGUUUGGGACUAAGCCUACCCUUACCCUGGGGACUAACACCAAUACUUCCAACUUUGGGUUUGGUGCUAAUACAGCAGGUGGAAGCCUGUUUGGUAACAAAACUGCAGCUGGAGGGUUAGGAACUGGUCUCGGAACAGGCUUUGGAACAGCUGUGGGAACUGGACAGACAUCUCUGUUUGGGAACAACCAGAACAAGCUGGGGUCCACGCUGGGCACUGUGGGUGCUUUUGGGGCUCCAGGGUUUAGCACUGGAACGAGCAGCCUGGGUUUCGGGGCACCACAGCAGCCUGUUGCCCUGACCGACCCCAACGCUGCAGCUGCCCAGCAUGCUGUGCUGCAACAGCAGAUCAACGCCCUGGCCUACUCGCCCUUCGGCGACUCCCCCCUCUUCAGGAACCCACUGUCUGAUCCAAAGAAGAAAGAAGAGCGUCUUAAACCCACUAACCCAGCAGCCCAGAAGGCUCUGACCACCCCGACCCACUACAAGCUGACCCCGCGCCCUGCCACGCGGGUACGGCCCAAAGCCCUGACCUCCUCAGGCUCCUCCAAGUCCCAGCUCUUUGAUGGACUGGAUGAUGAUGAGCCCUCCUUGACCAACGGCUCCUUCAUGCCCAGGAAGAGCAUAAAGAAGCUGGUGCUGAAGAACCUGAACGGCAGCAGCCUGUACUCUCCUGUGAACCGGGAGGCUGAGGACCUGGCUUCCCCAGCUGAGUACCCAGAGAAUGGGCUGAGCUUGGAGGAGACGAGGUCACAGGAAGGAGAGGCGGAGUCAGAGAAGGCAGAGGAGGACCUGGAGGAGGUGACCAAGUUCUACACCAACCCCAUCGCCAAGCCCAUCCCCCACACGCUGGAGGGCAAGCAGAGCCAGGCCCUGCAGGACACCAUCAGCGAGCUGAACGUUCGCAGCAGCAGCAGCGCCCGCAACGGCCUGGAGGCCAGCAGCGAGGACAUCUCCCUGGGUGACGACUCUGUGCAGGAGGAGCAGGAGCAGGACGCCCAGCUGCCUCAGCACCCUGCUGGUAUCGUCCUGAGUCGUGUGGGGUACUACACUAUACCAUCGAUGGACGAACUAGGCAAGAUGGUCAACGAGAGUGGAGAGUGUUUGGUGGAGAAUUUCACAGUGGGCAGGAAGGGCUAUGGUUCUAUUUUCUUCCCUGGGGAGGUGAAUCUGACUAACCUGAACCUGGAUGAGAUUGUGCAUUUUCGCCGGAAGGAGGUCAUCGUUUACCCCGAUGACAAGGCCAAGCCCCCAGUGGGAGAAGGUCUCAACAGGCGAGCGGAGGUGACGUUGGAUGGAGUGUGGCCCAAUGACAAAACCACCUGCAGCCAAAUCAAGAGCCCGGAGCGGCUGGCAGAAAUGAACUACGAGGGGCGGUUAGAGAACGCCUCCCGGAAACAGGGGGCCCGAUUCCUGGAAUACAGGCCGGAGACCGGUUCGUGGGUGUUUGAGGUGGCCCACUUCUCCAAGUACGGUCUCCAGGAUUCUGACGAGGAGGAGGAGGUCAUCCCCCCUGCCAAAACGGACAUCAAGAAACUCAAGACAGCUGCAGUGAUUCCGCCCUCCCAGCAGCAGGUGGCAGUCAAUGGCAAGCCAGCACCACAGGCACAGAGCACGGCUGUCCUGGACCUGCUGAGCCGGGUGUCGGAGGUGGACAGCGACAUGGCCGACAUCACCCAGGAGCCGCCGCUCGACAGCAUGCUGGAAGAUGAGGACGGGGAGAGCGCCCCGGUGGAGGACAGGGCGCUCCCGGGCGAAACGCCUGUGGAGCAGGACCCCAUCUCUGCCUCCAGCCACAUCGCGUCCUCCAAGGGCAUCAACCCUCACACCUUGCAGAUAAUGAAGUCCUCGCUGUUUGUGGAGGACGAGGAGGGAGACCUGUUCCAGAAGCAAGGCUUCAGUUUACCCUCUCAGAGACUGGAUGACUCAAAGGAUUUGGGUUCGCCCCGCGUUGUGCUUUCUGCAUCACAAGGGAGGCCAUCGGCCGGAGGCUUGUUGCAGGCCAAGUUCAGCAGCGGAGCAGGGCUCUUCUCUCAGCUCCCGGAAGCGCCUUUCGGAGGCAUCCCCCAGAAGCUGCCCCGGACCUCCAUGCCGGAGCCCCUGCGCCUGUCCCCCUGGCCCUCGCCGGGCCCCUCGUUCCGGCUGCCCCCGCCGGCCCCCGAGACGACCGUGCGCACGGUGGGAACGCAGCGCCAGUUGGUCCUCGUGCCGCUCGAGAGCUCGGUGGCGCUGGGCAAAGGCAAGCUGCUGAUGGACGCGGCCCUGUUCAUGGGGCGGUCCUUCCGCGCGGGCUGGGGGCCCAACUGGGCGCUGGCCCACUGCGGGGAGCAGCUCGGCGGCCCCGCGGGAGCGGCGCAGGACAAGCAGGCGGAGGCCCUGGGCUUCGCCUUCCUGCCCAAGCCGGCCAAGAGCAAAGCCAUUUCAGAAAGUCCCUUUAAAGUCCACCUGGAGCAGGUUGUGGGUGUGGAACCCAGGGAGUCAGAGGAGAGCCUGGGGUUUUUCCGACAACCCCUGGAGAUUGAGCUCAAGUACAGCGUCAUCAGCGCAGAGGAGGGAUGCCCCUUCAUUGAGCCCGCGAUCGGGGUCGACGCCCUGCAUGAGUACGCAGAUUGGAUUACAGAGGUCAACAAGGACGGUGCAGUGGACGACGCGGUGAAGCACUGGAGGCUGGUGUGGACGCUGUGCGCGUCGCUGUGGGGCCGGCUGGCCGAGCCGGAGCUGGACGCCGAGCCUCCCGGCGGCUACGCCCAGCAGCUGGAGCGCCGCAGGAGCUUCUCGGCCUGGCUGGCCCACAGCGCCGCCCCCCGGGUGGAGCAGGACGUGGAGGAGGUGGCGCUGUCUCAGCACAAGAGCCACGUGGACGCCAUCUUCAGCUACCUGACGGGGCACCGCGUCAGCGAGGCCUGCAAGCUGGCGCAGAAGUCCGGGGACCAUCGGCUCUCCUUGUUGCUCUCCCAGGCAGCGGGCUCCCACUACAGCCGCGAGCUGCUGGCCAUGCAGCUGGUGGACUGGAACAGGAUGCAGACCGACUCCUUCGUGCAGGAGGAGAGGCUGCGCAUCUUCACCCUGUUGGCCGGGAAGCCGGUGUGGGAGACAUCAGAGGGCUGCAUUAACGUCUGCUCUGAGCUGGACUGGAAGCGCUGUGUAGCAGUGCACCUGUGGUACAUGCUCCCCCCCACUGCCUCCGUCGCGGAUGCCCUCACCAGAUAUGAAGCUGCUUUCCAGGGAUCCGACGAGAGCCAGAAAUACGCCUGCUCCCCACUGCCCCCUUAUAUGGACAACUUGUAUGAGGAGCUGGACGAGGACGGGGAGUCUAGGAGACCACUCUAUGACAUCUGCUUCCACCUGCUAAAAUUAUAUAGCGACAGGCACUACAGCCUGCAGCAGCUGCUCGACCCCUGCACAGUGACCAGCAACCGGCUGGACUACAGGCUUAGCUGGCACCUCUGGAACGUGCUGCAGGCGCUCCACUACACACACCUGUCCCCCCAGCACCAGGGCCUUCUGCACACCAGCUAUGCCGCCCAGCUGGAGAGCGCCGGCUUGUGGGAGAUGGCUGUCUUCGUGCUGUUGCACAUCCCUGACUCAAUGCAACGUGAGCGAGCAGUUAGGGAGAUGCUGGAUCUGCACUGCCCCCUGGUGGAGACGGAGGAUUCUGCUGAGAGGGAAAAAUUCCUGACAGAGAAGCUGCAGGUGCCAGUGCAGUGGAUCCACGAGGCAAAGGCUACCCGUGCCCACCGAGAGGGCGACAAGCACAAAGAGGCACUCCACCUCUUCAAGGCGGGACACUGGAACCAGUGUCACAGACUUGUCAUCCAGCACCUGGCCUCAGAUUGCAUCAUCAAUGAGAACCAUGAUUACUUACUGGAAUUCCUGGAGGGUCUGUCAUCCCCAGAGAGCUGUGUCCAGAUCCAGGACUGGGACACAUCCGGCAGGGUUUAUCUGGACUACAUCCAUGUCAUCCAGACCCUGCAGGCCAUACAACAGAUGGAAAGUCCCGGGUACGAGCUGGAGCGGCUCCACACGGAGGUGACAUCCCUCUGCAGCAGGAUUGAGCUCAUUCCUUGCAGCAAGGCCAAGGACCGGCUGGCUCAGUCAGAAAUGGCAAAGCGUGUGGCCAACAUCUUGCGGGUGGUGCUGAGCUUGCAGCAGGGAGGGGAUGCCGCUCCAGACCAGGUCCACAUCCCCCUGCGCCACCUGGCACCCCACAUCGGCCGGCUGCCAAUGCCCGAAGACUACGCCCUGGAGGAACUGCGAGGCCUCACCCAGUCGUACCUGCGUGAGCUCAUCGUUGGCCAAUGAGGAGCUCAGCUUCAGAAGGACAAGGGGAGGAGGGAAAAACGUUUUGCCUUUGCAGAACUGCUGUUUAGUUGAGCGACACCCUUCCAUGGAUGACCGGUGGCGUUCAUGAUGUACAGGAAAGCUGGUUGUUUUGGCUGUCUCCUCCCACAAGCCUCUUGCAGUAACUCGGGGAGGCUCAUGGGUAAAGCAUUCCUUUGUGUUAUUUUGUACUUUUAGAGAAGGCUAAAGAUGUGUGUUUAAUAAUUAAACUGUGUUUUGCAGAAUCUGAGAUACUACUUGACCUGUCGUCGUUUACCCUGUUUAAAGGGAAGGUCUCAUCACCUGUGUGUUUCUGCUCUCAAAUGUCCACUGUUGGGCAUUUCUUACAGGAAUGCUUUUAACAGGAACAUUUCUGAAUCAUAUCUACUGCAACCCACACGUUUCCCAUCACAUUCUCCAAUGGAAGCACAUUUCUGUUAACAUAGCUGACUUGGGUCACGCUUAAUUUCCCAUGCUGUUAUUGGGAUUUAAAUAAUUCGUUUUUGAGGUGAGGAGAGAGGAGGUCUCGUGUUUACUUGGUUGAGGAGCAGUUACUUGACUAUCGGCAGUCUGUAGGCUCGUCAAAUUGUGUAUAUUCGGGGAGGUCAGCAUGACACAGAGGAUGUGUCCAAGGCAUUUAAUGAGGAAAAAAACAAAACUGAAGUUUUUUUCUUCACUGAAUACCAAAAGAAAGUUGAGAAGAACUUGAUAUUUAUAUUUUUGUAGUCUUUUACAGUCAACUGAGGUGUGUAGGUCUGCCUCCUGUGUGAGCAGGUAUUGGCAAAAUAGAGAGUGAGAGGAGCUUGAGUCUAAUGGAUAGGCUUUUGGGUUUGAAUGCCCCAGGUCUUCAAAUGAGCACUCGAUCCUGAAAAAUCCUGCUUUAAAAUAUCAAAUCAGUCAAAACACAUGCAUUGCUUGUGUAGAAAACAACCCUCUCAGACUCUGGAGCCCAAGCGUUUUCUAAUUAUUUAGCGAUUUUGAAACGGGAUACAUUUUUAUCAUUUUGGAUCAAAUCCUUGUGUUGUUCAUCCUUUCGGGUCUGUAUCCUUGGCCUCAAACUGAUCAGGAGUCAUACCUCAUUGGUGUGUUGUGCAAAUGAAGGAUGCUAAGAGAACAAUUUUCCAUCCACGAUAAAAAGGUUGACAGUAAAAUCCGUGAAUUCCUCUUCACCAUUCUACAAUGAUGUUCAUUUACAUUAGAUUUUUUUGUUCAUUUCAGCCUUUGUAUGGAGAGGUCCCUGGUUUGCGUAUGGACUCACUGAAAACGUAUGGAUAAAUGCUUCUUUUUGUAUAUUGUAUUUAAUAUGGCUCCGUUUCUGUGGCCAGAAGGAAGCCCUCCAUCUGGCCCCUGUGCCUUCUAGGAAGAGGAUCUGGUGUCUAUCUGUGGCCGUUAGACUGUAUGCAUGGUUGUGUUCAUGUUUUUAUUAAGUGACAAAUAAAAUGAAUUAUUCUA